AACAUGGUGUCCCAGUGGCUGUUUAUGUUUACUUAAAGAACAGGAUUGAAAGGGCGUUUUGCAGGACACACCGGAGUUUUAUUUGCAGUUUCGCAGCUUCUUUAUGUGCACUUUAACUUUUUUAUGUCAAGAUUUACAAGGCCAGUGGCGUGUAAAUCUCAUAUUUCACUAAUGUGCCAGUCUUACAAAUGGAAAGGGGGCUUCACUUUGGAAACGUGAGCAUUUCCCUGGUGCUCCUGUUGUUGCUGAAAGCGCUCAUCGGAUUUGGGACUUCGCAAGCUCAGGGCUCCGCCGUCGGGAGGGAGCCGCAGUCCGCCGCAGCCGCCGCCGCCACCACCCGGGGAUCAGGGUCGACCUCCGGGGAAGAUGGUGCAAGAGUCAUGGAGCGUGGCGCGUUGGGAAACGUCGGCGCCCCGGUCAUUGUAGCAGACGUUACCGUGGAGGACGACGAUAACGGGUCGGCGGGGGAGGCCGACGAAUCAUACGGAGAAAGUAGCGGAAAUGUCCAACCGACAAGGUCUCUUGUGAUCAUCAGCACUCUGGAUGGGCGGAUCUCGGCUCUGGAUCCCCACAACCAGGGCAGGAAGCAGUGGGACCUAGAUGUCGGCUCAGGGUGCCUGGUGUCGUCCAGCCUCAGCAAACCGGAGGUUUUUGGCAAUAAGAUGGUCAUUCCCUCACUGGAUGGUGCCUUGUUCCAGUGGAACCGGGACAGGGAGAGUAUGGAGGCAGUGCCUUUCAGCGUGGAGUCCCUGCUGGAUUCGUCCUAUAGAAUCGGGGAGGACACUGUCCUGGUUGGGGGCAAAUCUCUUACUACCUACGGCCUGGGUGCCUACAGUGGCAAGCUGCGGUACAUCUGCUCUGCGGUGGGCUGCAGCCGCUGGGGGGACGAGGAGAUGGAGGCCGAGGACGUGCUCCUGCUGCAGAGGACUCAGAAGACUGUGCGAGCCAUCAGGCCUCGAUCAGGGAUGGAGAAGUGGAACUUCAGCGUUGGAAACUUUGAGCUGAAGCUUCUUCCUGAGUCGCAGUCUGGAAUUAACUUCCUGGAGGGAGAGGUUACGAAUGGCGACCCCUGGAGGGAGAGUCAGCGGGUCAUCGCCGAUGAGCCGAAAGAGAGGGAGCAGGCGGAGAACCAGGAGAACCAGAAUCUGGACCUCAUCAUCAAAGUGUCUGUUCCUGAUUGGAAGGUCAUGGCCUUCAGCACCGAGCCUGAUGGACAGCUGGUCUGGGAACGUCAGUUCUGCACACCCAUCGCUUCGGCUUGGCUGGUGGGCGGGGGUAAAGUCACACCAAUCGCCUUGUUUGAUGACAACGCCUACAGCAACCAGUCAGAAUAUGAUGAAGAGGAUGACGAUGAUGAAUCCAAGCAGUCCAGAGGAGCUGAAGAAUCCAGUGUUUACCUUGGGAUGUUCCAGGGACAGCUCUACCUCCAGUCCUCAGUGAGGAUCAGUGAAAAGUUCCCUUCCAAAGCUAUCGGAUCUGAAAAGGACAUAAUUCCCCUGCCCACAGUCAAAUGGAAGCCUUUAGUUCAUUCCCCAUCUCGGACACCAGCCCUGGUCGGCUCUGAUGAGUUUGACAAAUGUCUGAAUAAUGACAAGUUCUCCCAUGACGAAUACAGCAACGGAGCCUUGUCCAUCCUUCAGUAUCCAUAUGACAACGGCUACUAUUUCCCUUACAGUAAGCGUUACCGGGAGAAACGUGACAGUGCUGAGCUGAUAAAGGGAAACGGGGCGGGGGCUGACAGUCGCAGGAGGAAGGACCCCGUGUUGCUGCUGCCCUGGUGGAAGGAGAUCCUCGGCACCAUCGUCUUCUGCAUCGCCGCCACCACCUACAUCGUCCGCAAAUUCUUCCACCCUCCCGCCCCGGUGGCCUAUGUGAGGCAACGGAAAGAGUCGGAGACACAGUGCCAGACAGACUGCAAGUUUGACCUUGAGGUUGUGGAAUCCAAAGAGCCGGUUGCUAUGGAGACCCGUUCCAGCGAAUAUGUGUCCAGGUACCUGACUGACUUUGAGCCGGUGCAGUGCCUCGGCCGAGGGGGGUUCGGCGUUGUGUUUGAAGCCCGUAACAAAGUGGACGACUGCAACUACGCCAUCAAAAGAAUCCGCCUGCCCAACAGGGAGCUGGCCCGGGAGAAGGUGAUGCGAGAGGUGAAGGCCCUGGCCAAGCUGGAGCAUCCGGGGAUAAUCCGCUACUUCAACGCCUGGCAGGAGAGUCCCCCCGAGGGCUGGCAGGAGGAGAUGGACCAGAGGUGGCUAAAAGACGCCAGUACCACUGACUGGCCAAUGAGCUUCCUCGACCACAUGGAGGCACUGUCAGUCAAAGUCCCAGUGUCCUCCUCGGUGUCACCUGCCUCUGGACCCGGAGGAGACGCCCUGGAAGCGUCCGUUGAUGCUCAGGCUCUGCUCUCCAGCAGCGCCGGCGGUGCUGUCAGUUUCAGCGUUGAUGACGGAGACCUGUCCUUCCACCCGCUGCUGGGCCACGACAGCCUGAUGUCUGAGCGGGACAGCCAGGCCGACCCCGACGCCUCAGACACCCCCCACUCCUUCGAGCUCUGCCCUCCGCGCGGCCCCAGCGACUGCACCUCCUCUUCCUUUGACAUCGUGUUCGAGGACUCGGGCUGCGACCGAGAUGCCGACGCAGAGACGGACUCGGCUUCUGGUGCAGUCAGCCCGAGCACGACCACAGAGAAGAACAGCUCGUCUUCCUCGCACACCAGACGACAGGAAUCCGUCCCGCCGUCCUCUUCCUCUCCCCCUCGGCCAACGUCACUCACCCUGGCUCUCCCCACGACGCCUCCAACACAGAGAGUCCAGCCGUCCCCCAAAGUGUACCUGUACAUCCAGAUGCAGCUCUGUCGGAAAGAGAACCUGAAGGACUGGAUGGCUCAGCGCUGCCUCCCCGAGCAGAGGGAGCACAACCAGUGUCUGGAUAUCUUCCUCCAGAUCGCAGAGGCCGUCGACUUCCUGCACAGCAAGGGGCUCAUGCACAGAGACCUCAAGCCCUCCAACAUCUUCUUCACCAUGGAUGACGUGGUGAAGGUGGGAGACUUCGGCCUGGUGACGGCCAUGGACCAGGAGGAGGACGAGGACGAGCCGAGCGCCCUGACGCCCGCUCCGCUCCUGACCCGGCACACGGGCCAGGUCGGCACCAAGCUCUACAUGAGCCCGGAGCAGCUUUCUGGAAACUCGUACUCUCACAAAGUGGACAUUUACUCUCUGGGUCUGAUCCUGUUUGAGCUGCUGUAUCCUUUCAGGACGCAGAUGGAGAGAGUGCGGACCCUGACAGAGGUGAGGGCGCUGCGCUUCCCCGAGGUUUUCUCCAAAAACAACGUUCAGGAGCUGUCUAUGGUGCACAGCAUGCUGUCGUGGAGCCCCGCCGAGCGUCCCGAGGCGGUUGAAAUCACGGGGACUCCCCUCUUCCAGGAGCUGGAGCUGCCUUGCCGCCUGGCCGUGAGGCAGCGCUCCCGCACCUACAGCGCGUCAUCCAUGGGCCGCCCUUCACGCCAGACAUCGUCUACCUGAAAGUCCCACGACGCAAUAUGUAAACCCCACAAUCCCCCGCUGUUUCCCUCUCCAAGAGAAACACCUCAGCCCCCGCCUGCCGUCACUCACUGCCUCAGACUGUAAACGCCACAAAUGUGCAGGAAUUUAUCUCUGCGGCUUCAGAGCAGCGCGACAAAGUCCUGCACAGUUCGGCGAGAACACACGCCGUUACGCCAAUAUGCUGUCCCAAUUUUAAUCACACUUACAAGUGACAGAAUCUUUUAAAAGCAGCAGCCGCUCUGUGGUGUUCACGGCCCGACUUGGCUGAAAUUGUACAAGCAAAUAAUUCUUCGUGGUUGUUUGAAACGACUCCCAGUACCAGAUGGGCGGCGUGUGCCGCGGCCAGUCAGCUCAGAGUGGGCGGAGCCAAUUUCCACAAACACUCACUGAUUUUGAAACGUUUACCUGAGAUUAACAAGUGGCAUUCUCCUCACUCCGACAUGGCACACUCCAUCAUCUGGCACUCGGUAAUAAAAGAGCGCCCGCGGGAUGAUGUUUUCCCGUCGCCCUGCCUCCCUCGUCAAAAAGCCUUUGGGAUUUUUCCAUUAGAUUCAGGAUCAUUGCAGAAAAUAAGCUCUGUGGUAAACGAGCACGUUUUGUUCGGCAAGAUAAUCACAAACGAAGUCCACCUUUUAGAUUUUUGAAGCCUAAAUGCACUCGUCAGAAGUAAAAAGCUGAAGUCAGGCUGUAAACGUACUACACUACGAUCAGGUGGCCACUGCAACAUUGCCGAAAAGCCCUAAAUGAGUAAAUAAAUAAAAUAAAAUAUCAGCAGCUUGUUGUAGAACAAAACUUGGAAGUUGCAUAAACAUGUU